GAAAUAAAGAGAGAAUAAAAGGAGAAGAAAAAGGGAAGAAGGAUGAAAGAAAGAGACCAGAAAUCAUUUCCAUAAGAAAGGAUUGCUGGAGAAGGAAGACAAGGACAGCAAGAAUGGAAAUAAAGCAAAAUACGAAGAGAGAGAAGAACAACGGCUUUUUUCUGCUAGUAAAUUGCUUAGACAAAGCUGCAAUUCCUGAAACAUCCUUUCCUGAUCAAGAAAGGCAGCAAGGGAAGCUUUGCACAAUAGAAGAAGUGAACAGAGUGAAAAAGCUUUUGGGAUUGCUACCUAUGUGGACAACCUUACUCAUCUAUGCUCUUGUAGAGGCGACAGGCUCCACUUUCUUCAUUGAGCAAGUUGACAGUUUGAAUGCUAUUAAACUCUUUGGCUUUAAAUUACCUAUAAAUGCUUUCUCUGCACUUGAAUCACUGGUCAGUUUCACAGUUCCAUACUUGUUUAAUCUUUUGAUUCCUAAGCACUGGAACAAAAACAAAGAAAAGCGUCAACUUAUAGUACUCUUGAGAAUUGGCCUGGGGAUGAUGUGCUCAAUAUUGUGUUGUGUUACGGCUUACAAGGUUGAGGUUCUCAGAUUGAACUCUAUUGAUAAUUUAACAACUUCAAUGAGCGCGUAUUGGCUAUUUCCACAGUUUAUAUUGCUUGGAAUCCUGGAAGGGCUGGUUCGUGAUGGGCUAUGUGAAUUUUUUUACAGUCAAGUAGAUGAAUCUAUGAAGCAUUAUGAAUCAUCAUUGAACGAUUGUGUUAUGGGUAUUGGAAAGUUCUUGAGUGUGAUUUGUGUGGUUACAUUCAAAGGUUAUUUUGGAGAUAGUGUUAAUGAAAGUCGCCUUGAUAAGUAUUACAUUAAGCUAGCUGCACUAAGCUGUGGCAAUCUGUUGUUUUACGUGCUGGUUGCAUGCAUAUAUUCAUGGAAGGAAUCCACUCCCCAGAUUGUGAGGGAUAUUGAAGCUGGUGAUGCAGAGUUUGCGAUUGUUUUGACUUCCACAAGCUCUGAAAUAACUAAUAAGACGAGAAAUAAUCUGUAUAAGAGGUGGCGCUCCCUUGAAGGAGAUCGUGAUGACAUGGCCAACAAGAAGCUUCCCCGGCGGUCCAGCACAUUUUUUCUGUAGUUGAUAUUUGACAUUCUAGAACAACAAUUUUUAGGUGGAUCCGAUCCACCGUAGUUUUGAAAUCUUACGUUUUGUAGUUGAUAUUUACCAUUUUAGAACAACAAUUCUUAGGUAAAUCUGAUUCACUGUAGUUUCAAAAUCUUACGUUUUGUAGUGAUAUUUGCCAUUCUAGAACAACGAUUCUUAGAUGGAUUCGAUCCACCGUAGUUUCGAAAUCUUACGUUUUGUAGUGAUAUUUGCCAUUCUAGAACAAUCAUUCUUAGGUGGAUCCGAUCCACCGUAGUUUCGAGAACAACGAUUCUUAGGUGGAUUCGAUCCACCGUAGUUUCGAAAUCUUACGUUUUGUAGUGAUAUUUGCCAUUCUAGAACAAUCAUUCUUAGGUGGAUCCGAUCCACCGUAGUUUCGAAAUCUUACAUUUUGUAGUUGAUAUUUACCAUUCUACAACAAUAAUUCUUAGGUGGAUCCGAUCCACCAUAGUUUCGAAAUCUUAUGUUUUAUAGUAAUAUUUGCUAUUCUAGAACAACGAUUUCAAAAUCUCACGGAGUGUAGGAAAUAAACAAGUUUGAAUUCUUGAUCUAUUUAUUUUAAUUAGUCUAAGUCUGUAUAAAGUGAGAGUGUUAGACUAAAUUAGAAUUUAAUUAAAUUUGAUAAGGUGGUUUUUUUAAAAAAAUAUUUUAAAAUAUUAGGCUCCGCCCAACUUAUAAGUCCUUCUUUUUCUCCUUCAUUGUGUGAUAUGAGAUUUGGUCUCACUUGCUUCCUUUUCUUCAUUCAUUUAAAUUAAAAUAAAUAAUUAAUUUGUGAAAUUUAAAAUACAUAAUUUUGAGCAGAUCUAUGUGAUUAUAAUUAUAUCAAACUCAUAAAA